CACUACGGCCUCGGCCUUCGUCCCGUUCGACCUCCAAGUUGCGUCUGUUAGACCCUUUCGGCACGUCCUCAACAACCUCCCGCCUCCCAAGCGUGCCGUCGUCUAAAGCAGAGCUCGAGCGUGCUUUUUUCUCCCCCUCCUCAAACCGAACCCCGGAUUCUCCACAACUUCAGCUGCCGCAUAGGAGCCUCUCUGAAGUCUCUUCCUCCUACGAGGAAGAGUCGAGGAGACCUCGCCCACAACUAAGUCUCGGAUACGAGCCCUUUCGACCCCCCUAACACCCCGCUGCGUCAGCAAAGUCAAGACAAAUAAUUCUUACAUUCAAAACACCUCUCCUGGCAUCCGUCGACCAGGGAAUGGCACCUUCUGCCCUUACGCCUACCGAGGAAUAUCAUAAUCUUUUUGACAAAGACUUAACGUCUCACGAUUAUACCCUUGGUGCUGCUACCGGCAACCAUGGCGCUGGCACAGCGAAGCAAUUGAUUGGGGAGGCUCUGAAGAGCCGUGUUGAGGCUAUUGAUCAGGAUACCUGCGAUGUUGGCGACGAGGAUGCCUUCUUCGUCGCCGACUUGGGCGAGGUCUACCGGCAGCAUCUCCGCUGGAAGAAGAACUUGGCUCGGGUCAAGCCGCACUAUGCGGUCAAGUGCAACCCUGACCCUCAAGUCCUCCGCCUCCUGGCCGAAUUGGGGCUCGGCUUCGACUGCGCGUCCAAGAACGAGAUCGAGACCGUGCUGAAGAUGGGCGUGGACGCCUCGCGCAUCAUCUACGCCCAGCCGUGCAAGACGAAAUCGUACGUCCGCUACGCUGCACAGUCUGGCGUCAAGCAGAUGACCUUCGACAACGCCGACGAGCUCUACAAGACGAAGCAGCUCUUUCCGCACGCUGAGCUGUACCUGCGCAUCCUGACGGACGACUCAGCCAGCCUGUGCCGUCUCAGCCAGAAGUUCGGCGCUUCGCUAGACACCACCGCGGAGCUGCUGGAGCUGGCGAAGAAGCUGGAGCUCAAUGUCGUAGGCGUGGCUUUCCACGUCGGAUCCGGCGCCUCGGACCCGAAAGCGUUCCUCAAGGCGGUCCAGGACGCGCGCUUCGUGUUCGACCAGGCGGCUGCGCUGGGCUUCCACAUGCACACGCUGGACGUAGGCGGCGGCUUCACGGGCGACCAGAGCUUCGAGACCAUGGCGGCCGUCCUGUCGGCCUCGCUGGACGCCUACUUCCCGCCGCACAUCCGCGUCAUCGGGGAGCCGGGCCGCUACUACGUCUCCACGGCGUUCACGCUCGCAUGCCACGUGAUUGCGCGCCGCACCGUCGCGGACGCCACGCUCGGCACGACGUCCUAUAUGCUGUACCUGAACGACGGCGUGUACGGCAACUUCUCCAGCAUCAUCUUCGACCACCAGAACCCGGUGCCGCGCGUGCUGAAGAGCGGCGCCGCCGUGCUGUACGACGUGCGGCGCUCGGGCUACGACACGCCGUCGCAGAUCGAGUACUCCGUCUGGGGCCCGACGUGCGACGGCAUCGACGUUAUCUCGUCGUCGUGCAUGUUCCCCGAGAUCGUUGAUGUGGGCGACUGGCUCUACUUCGAGGACAUGGGUGCGUACACCAAGUGCUCCGCCACCCGCUUCAACGGCUUCACCGACAGCCACGACGUGCUCUACGUCUGCAGCGAGCCGGGCGCCCGCGCUCUGCUCGGCCUCUAAUGGUAAUCGUAAUUAUGUGCGCACCGCAACACCAGUCCUUUCCGGCAGCAUAGUCAUGCUUUUUACUACCUUGCAUACUUUCGGUUCGAUACGGGAGACGUUCUUGUGACCUUCUCCCGCUCCGUUCUGCAUCGCGUGGCGGUUAGUUGUGCUAGAGGAUAGUGCUUUUCGGCGGCGGUCUGAGUGACUGACUCACUGGGCGGGCUUUUCUCUUAGAAGAUCAUAUAGAAUCCUAUAGACGUAAUGAUGUACUCUCGUUCAUGUCCUA